ACUAAAAAUACGGCUUGUUUUUCACAUAGCGACGCCUGUUUUCCACCUAGGCAUUUCUUCCCUGUCGCUGCUUCCUAGUCGAACCUUCCCUCGGCAACGGCAAUGCACUGCCGGCUACUGCUCGCGACUUUUGCGACGUUCUGGCUCGCGUCCCUGCUCAACCCCGAUGACGUCAGCGCAGCCAACAUCUUUUCGUCGGUGGUGCACAUGAAGGACCUGAUGUCCCUAGAGCGAAGGCUCGUUUCCAAGGUCGACGUCUUCCUACACUGCAUGGAAACGAAGCUGGACCACCUGCGCAGCUUUCUGAACGAAUACUAUGAGGCGAAGGCGUUCAAGGAGCGGAAGCUGACACCCUCUUCGACAGAGCACGACACCCGCACGGCCAGCCGCGUCGACCCGUACAACACCAUGAAUCGCCUGUCGGUCGACUGGAAUGAGAUCGUGCACCACUUCAGAGUGCCAGACUGGAUGGAGAUCGAGAAACUGAUGAUGGAGUCCAACGACACCUUCCCUCGCCCUAGCGACCUCUUGGAUGCCGGCGAGGCGCUCAUUCUCCUCCAGAAGACGUACCAUCUCAACCUCACCGACAUGACCAAAGGAGUCAUCAUGGGACACAAGGCGAUGGCGCAGUUGACAGCAAGAGACUGUGUGUACUUCGGCCAGCUGCUGCACAGCAAGUAUGACUUCGAGGAUGCCAUCAAGUGGUUCGAAGAAGCACUCGCAAGGCUGAGCCUCGAAAAGCAGCCCUCAAUCUCGCCAAAGAUGGUGCAUGAUUACCUCGCCAGCAGUGUAGAGCAGCUGGAGGAACAAGACCAACGACAGGAAGAAGAGCUGUCCAGCAUGGGCCUGCCGGAGGAGCCCAGUGCUGAAAUGCUUUUCGCCGAAGGAUACCUGGAGGCGUUCAAUGAUCUCUGCCGGGGAGUCAAACUCCGGAAUGCAACAGAAGAGAAGGACCUGCGCUGUUACCUGAGCAUUCCGCACCCGUACUACCGAAUAGGCCCGGUCAAAAUGGAGGUCAUGAGCCUAGAACCCUACAUCGUCCAAUUCUACGACGUCAUCUCGCCCAAGGAGAUACAAGCAAUCCGCAGGAUUGGAGACCCCAUGCUGGCCCGUGCCACAGUCGUCGAGUCGAUCGAAGAAACGGUGGACCCCGGCCGCAUCAGUCAAGCGGCGUGGUUAAAUCCAGGCACCGACCCGCUGCUGGAAAGGGUCAACCAACGGGUGGCCAUGCUCACCGGACUGUCCACUGACUACAGGCGCGGAGACUCCGAGAUAAUACAGUACGGCUCCUACGGACCGGGGGGCCACUACGAAGCGCACGCCGACUACCUGAUGGGGGGACUCACGGAGGAAGAGUUAGAACAAUUCGACGAGAAGGAUAAGGAGUCCGGAGACCGCAUCGCCACCUUCAUGUUCUACCUUUCAGACGUGAGUUUGGGAGGUGCCACUGCGUUCCCCUACGCCAAGGUGGCUGUCCCUCCGCGACAGGGCUCGGCUGCCUUCUGGUACAACAUGCACGAGGACGGCAGCUACGACUUCCGCACCUUGCACGGCGCAUGCUCCGUGCUACACGGCACAAAACACGUCGCGAACCUAUGGAUUCGAGCCAAUGGCCAGAUGUUCAAGCGACCAUGCCCGGCGACGAAACGAAGACAGACGCUAAGUUCUUCGAAGCUGUGAUAAUUGUUAUCUGCGUUAUCUUCAUUUCUUGUUCCUGCUCCUCAUAUUUGUAGCUUUCUCUCUGCGAUUUUUUUUUAUUGAGAACGACGGGUCGUCCACGUUAAUACCAAUCUCUUGCUCUUAUUGUUAAAUAAAGUGAAA